AUGACCAUGAAAAGCUUCUCGUUGUCGGAGGUUCUUGCCGUCGCGAAUAGGCAUCCCUUCUAUAACCCGGAAAUUCAAUAUCCAUUGGACGAGACAGCAUUACAGGCAGUCCGAGACUGGGCCGUUAAGAACCAGACGGGAGUUGACCUUCGAUCCCAGCCAUUGCUUCACAAGAAUGAUAUCUAUAAGACUGUGGAGCGGCUCACGCACGAUGCCAGCCCCGAGAAUGUGUACCGUGAAAGCUCAUACAUGAGCAUCACGGGCGGCGGGUCCGGAGGAGUACCAAUGAUGUUUGCAGUCGAUGUUCAUGAGAAUCGACAGCAGAGGGCUCAAAUGGGGAAGCUCCUACGGAUCUGCGGCGUUAUCAGGCGUAAAGACUGGGUACUGUCCGUGCACAUAUCAGGGGGCUUUUAUAGGUCCUUGGACUUGACAACAGAGACUAUGGAGAACGCCGGAGCCACUGUUCUCAGUGCUGGGAACUAUAUGGAGCCUGAAGAGGUCGUCCAAGCUCUGGCUCACUAUCAUGUCAAUGUUCUGACCGGCGAUGCUAGUCAAAUCGUCCAACUGGCCUGCUAUAUAUCUACACUACCAUUGGAAAGACAAAGACAAAUCCAGAUCAACAAGAUCAUUUACACGUCCGAGCCGCUGACCGGCGCACAACGGGCAUUCCUACACGCGACUCUUGGGGAUGUUAAGAUUUGUUCGGUCAUGGGGAGUUCAGAGGCCGGCCCGUGGGCGUUGAGUAAUCCUGAUCUCGUCGGCGAGGAAAACCUCAACAGCAGUUCGAUGGACUUUGUCUUUGAUACCCGCGAUAUGAUCAUUGAGAUUCUCUCUCCUGCUGGUUUGGAUGAUGGAAAGCCUCCCUCUGACAUUGACCCUCUUCCGUUAGGAGAAACGGGGAUCAUUGUGCAGACCUCCCUUCGACGUCUGCGUAAUCCACUCGUUCGCUAUAUCACCGGUGAUCUUGGAUCCCUCCAUCCACUUCCUGAAAUGGCCAGCGCCGUCGUCCCAGAGAGUGAACGGCAGUACUUGCGUGUGCUUCGUAUGCAAGGCCGCGACCGUCGUUUCAGCUUCAAGUGGUACGGCGCAUACUUUGAAUUCGAGAAAAUGAAAGCCCUGCUACAGGCGGAGGAAUGUGGUAUCCUGCAGUGGCAGGUAAUUCUUGACCAACUAGAAUCUUCGGGGUUACCAACUCUGCAAGUCCGCCUGUUACGGGCUCCAUCCCGAGCAGACGUUCUAUCGGAAGAGCAGUUGGUCAAACGCGUACGAACUUUCUUCCUUGUUCUACCGGAGAAUGAAGACGUGUUCAGCAUUGUAUUUGUGAAAAACCUGGAUGGGUUUGAGCGGAGCUCUACCGCGGGGAAAGUUAUUAGCUUUGUAGAUCGUUUGCAUUGA